AUGCGAGACGGGUCUAAGCCUGGCCCGAGUGGAAGCUCGUCCGGGCAUGUUUUGGAUAAGGAUAAUGAUGGUUCAUCGGCUGAAGACAGUAGUUAUGAAGAAUUGGCUACGCUGAAAACGCUACUGAAUUUUCCUGAAGAAGUGGCUCUCAGAUUAACGGAUACAGAAUACAAAAUAUUUUACCAGGUGCCACCAAUCGACUAUCUUCGUCAAGUAACUCUAGAUUUGGGCGGCGAAGGAGUCCUCGGUACUGUCAGUGAGAGACACAUGAUACGGAGAGUGCCUCCGACACAUACACCUCAGACCAAGAGCAGCGUCAGGACUCUAAUACGGCGAUUUAACGAAGUAUCCGCGUGGGUGACUGAUCUGGUGCUCUCCCAGACCUCUGAAGACCGGAAGGCGACCCUCGCCUGCAUCCUCCGCGUGGCUCUCACUUGCUGGAACAUUGGGAACUUCAACGGCGCCAUGGAAAUCGUUGCUGGGCUAAAGUCGCACAAGCUAAAGUCGUUCUGGCUGAGCAUAUCUGAGGAACCGCUACCGACCCUGGACUUUCUCUCCGCGGCGUUGCUCUCAGCUGAAUACGAGAGGGCGCUAGGACGAGCGCUGGCCAUGCCGGAGUGCAGACUGAUACCGUUUUUUGGGGCCUUUCUAAGGGAAUUAAGGGAAAUACUGGCAGCUACGCCGUCUCUAACCACACACUCAGUUGCAGUCACGCCAACGCAUAGAAGAGACGCGAAAAGGGAAUCCAUAAAAGAUAACAGAUCCUCAAUAAAGAAGGAUACUAGAAGAGAAAGUGGGAAGAGGGUGGACCAAAGUACGACGACCAGUCCUCUCCGUGACAGCUGUAAGAGGGAUGCGCGCUACAGCGAAACAAACAGACAAGUGUACAUAGCAUCAUUCGACGAGGAGGGAGAACAGUUCCGUCGGGUCGGACCCGAGGGUUUGAUGAACUUGGAGAAGGUGUACCGGACGCAGGCGGUGAUGGACCACAUAGCAAGCUUCCACCAGCACCGGUACAGCCUCGCCAGGACCACAGCACCAGUUUUUGGAGACUAUUUAAGAACAGCCAUAUCAGCGUGUGAAGAACCGGUUUUCGUGCAGCCAUCUCAAAAGACCACGGGUACAGACUUCGAGAACGAAGCCUUGUAUGAGUUGGAGGGGGGAGGGUACUGCCCCGUGCAGCCUAUUCCCCAUGACCACGGUGUGACCAUGUUUCCUUUAGCUCCCCAAAAUGGCGAGAGAAUGGACAGACAUGUUUUACAGAUACUGCACCACGGUACAGCGUGUGUGGUGGGUGAGGCGGAGUGGGGCGGUGCAUUCGCGCAGCUGAGGCUGGAGCGAUCUUGUGCACUACUAACUUGGUGUCGAACUGCGCAUCGGCCCCACGCGCCACACGGUGAAACCCCAUCAGAAAAUAUACAGCAACCCGAAAUCAGCCUAUCUUACAACCCCGAAGAAGUGAUACCCUUGAAGUAUUCUGGAAACUUGGUUCAUGAGAAUGAAGCUGGAGUCGUGGGAGAAGAAGGCUUCAUCGACCUCCAAUGCGUCAAAGACAUGCGUCUCGGUGGCAAAUUACUUGAACCACGAGAUAUAGGAGAACUCUGCGCCUGUGCGAAGAAACAUGGCCUCGAAACGUGCAGUCAGCGACCACACAUCAUAUCACUGGUGUACGGAAAAACCUUAAGUGACAACAGGACCGUGCAUUUUGUACUACCUCCAUACUCGUUUCGGGUGUGGGCGGUUGGUCUCCAUUCCGUAAUAAAGGCCUUGAUAAGUCAGACCAAGCUUGCGGAUAGAAGUCUUGCGUGGCUCAAAAAUAAAUACACAGCUCUGUACUACGAAGAUGGAUGCUGCUGUGAACCGCUUGUCUCUGAUGCUAUACGGGUCUUUGGAGGCAGAGAAUCAGUCUACGGCAGCUCCUCACACUCCACACCAGUCAAAUACACAGAUUCACACACCGAUCCUAUCAAGAGUACGGCCAUCAAGUUCAAAAAGAACAAAUCUACUUCUGAGUUGAAGAGUUCUCCAAAGAGUUACAGUUCUCAUACUUCUGGCACACGUAGUGAGGAUGAAGUCCAGGGCUCUCCGAGACACAGUUCAUAUUCGGCUGCUUCAAGUCAACCAUCAACUUGUGCCCAAAGGCACAGUAGUCUCACCGCGACUAGUUUCUUCAGCGGGUCUCCGAACCGCAGUAGUUUAAGAAGAUUGGAGACCAGUGAGAGAUUCUGGGAAAACCUCAAGCAUCUAAGAACUGGGUCAGUUGGAUACGACACUCAGUUGGAUUUCAUGGAUUUCGUCGCUUUGUUUCGGAGUUUUAGCCUCGUAAUGAGAUCGGAACUGAGGGAUGUUUUCGAGCAACUAGCGGUGCCGAGAAUGCGGAAUCCGCUGUUCGGCGCUGAGAAAAGUAGAAGUUCUCCUGAAUUAUUUAGAAGCAAAAGUGUUUUUCGUACUGGAUUACUUACGAGAAACGGAUCACUUGACUUGGAACCGCCAAGCGAUAAGGCGGGCAGGAAAAAGGCCUUCGAUAUCCUGGCAGCUGCUGCUUUACCAGGUGCUACGUCUGAUUUGAGCGGCCGAGUGUUGUCACUCCCGACACUUGGGAAGUUCUGUGAGACGCGGCAAAACGAACCGAAGACUGAACAACAGUUGAAAGAUAUUAUUCAGAGGCACGAACCAGAUCCAGUUCUGAGAGCUGAGAACUGCUUCUCAUUCGAAGGUUUCGUACGGUUUCUCACCGAUAAAGACAACUAUGCGUUUGUACCAGAACAGCGAAGGGCUAGCAACUUUAUAGGGAAAUCAACCCAAGAUGAAGAAGACCUACCCAAGGAGUUAUCCCGGGAAAUGACGGGACCGCUCAGUCAGUACUACAUAGCCAGCAGUCACAAUACCUACCUUACUGGACAUCAGUUGAAGGGAGAAUCCUCCGUGGAACUCUACAGCCAGGUUCUACUAACAGGCUGUCGAUGUGUGGAGCUGGACUGUUGGGAUGGAGACGAUGGUAACCCUGUCAUCUACCACGGACAUACUUUCACCACGAAAAUACCAUUUCGAAGAGUCGUGGAGACUAUUGCUAGGAGCGCUUUUGUCACUUCUCCAUAUCCACUAAUCUUGAGCAUCGAAAACCACUGCAGUCUACCCCAGCAACAAGUGAUGGCCAGUACUUUUGAGGCAGUGUUUGGAGACCAACUUGUGACGUCAUUCCUGUUCGAAGUGGAUUACACGGAUGAGCCACGCCUACCAAGCCCUGAACAGCUCAAAUAUAAGGUACUCAUAAAGAACAAGAAGCUGCUCCCAGUGCAAUCCAGUCCAACUGUGGGAAUCACUGGAGCAAGCUCCGCGCAAGGCUGUGGGAGCGUUCUCACCACUGCUUUUAGGACCAAUGGCAUCCGUCACACCAGUUCAUCGCUCCCAGACGCCAGCAACAGAACAAGUUCGAUCAUGUCCAACCAGUCCGCCGGUUCAUCACUCACGGAGUACUUCUCAGAUGAAGACUAUGAUGAAGAUGAUGAAAUUGACGAAAAAGAGUUGCACAAAAUCCUCAGCUCAUUAGAGGAGAAAGUCGGUCGGACGUCUCUCUCACUCUAUCAUAGUUUCCGACGUGACGGAGAGGGAGAGGCGACGGGAACGAUGAAACACGCGACGAACAGAAAACGCAGCAAUCAAAUUGCGCGGGAACUGAGUGAUAUGGUCACUUACGUACAGGCAAUAAAAUUCCGCGGCCUCAACCCAAUAUCGCCGAGGAGUUCCCUGAAGCUGCCCAGCAACGUCGUGAAAGACAAUUCGAGUGGUGCCGCGUGCAGCAGCUUCGAGUCAUCGGAGAGCAGUGAUAGCACUGGAACUCAGCUCGCCGCCCAGCCGUCGGCCCGCGCCCGCUGCCUCAGCGCGCCGGCUGCGCACCACCCCUGCUACCGCUGCUCCUCCGUCAACGAGGCCAUCGCCAAGAAGAUCUGCCGCAAGCACCCGCUCGCGCUCAUCGCCCACACCGAGACCCAGCUCGUUAGGACCUAUCCCGCCGGCCUAAGAAUAGACUCAUCAAACUUCGAUCCUGUGACCUUCUGGUCGUGUGGCGUGCAACUCGUAGCACUAAACUACCAGACAGAAGAUGCCGCUAUGGCUGUGAACGCUGCUAUGUAUGAGAGCAAUGGUUGUUUAGGUUACGUUAGGAAACCUAGGGUCAUGUGGGACCCUAAUCAUAUUGCUUUUAGAAGGUUUAACCCCAUGGACAAAGAGUUCGAUGGCAUACACGCAGCUCACCUCACUCUGGCCGUCAUAUCCGGACAAUACGUCGCAGAAAACGUAUACUCGUUUUACAAUGCAUUUGUGGAAGUUGAGAUUUUAGGAGUGCCCGCUGAUUGUAGAAAGAUUAAAACUAAAGUAGCCAGAAGGAACGCCCUGAAUCCUAUAUGGAACGAAACAUUUAAUUUUAAGGUAAACUUUCCUGAACUGGCGUUCGUGCGUUUCGAAGUGUACGAUGCGGACACAAACUACAUGCUAUCACAACGUGUGAUACCGCUGCUAUGUCUGCGACCAGGAUACAGGCAUGUUCGGUUGAGAUCACCUACCAAUCAACCAUUAAACAUGGCAUCUCUGCUGAUAUUCUCAAGAUGUGCGGAGGAACAGGCGGGCGAGAUCAGCCGGACUGAUGCUGAACCUACGUCCCCAACUCAGAGAAGAAAGAUCCACUUCCUCGUAGUGCACGCAGUGGUCCUUCACGAGCCAUACUCCAUAAUCAAAGUCACUUAUGACACAACUACAAAUGAGGCUAUCGCUCAGUGCCUGUCGAAGGCGGGCGUGUCUCGCGCGGCGCGCGGCAGCUACGUGCUGGUGGAGGAGGUGUCCUCGCGCGCGCCCACGCAGCGCGUGCUGGCGCCCCACGAGCGCGUGCUGCGCGCCGCCACGCAGCGCCCCGGCGCCAGAUUGCUGCUUAAACGAGUUGGUGACGACCCUAGCAGCAGAGCCUGGCUUACCAGCAUCAGGUCAGCCUCGACGACAGAAAAGUCAAAGGAUCACUCCUUGCCCUCGGAUGAUGAAAGCAGCACUCAAGAGGAGACCAGGAAGCCACCAGACAGCUUCCUGGUCUGCGUUCACAAUGUCUGCCAUGAAAUACCAUACGCUAUUAUGAAGGUACCGCUGACAGCCACGGCAUCCUACGUGAUAUACCAAGCUUUGACUAAGGCGAGAUGUCAUGACAAUCCGAAAAGGUUUGUCCUGGUGGAGGAGCUGGAAUGGGGAGGCAGGGCUGGAGCGGGCCCUCAGCAACGAGUUCUUGCUGAUGAUGAAGUGGUCUACUCAGCUCAGGCCAGUUGGAAGACUCUGGGGAGGUUCGUGUUACAAGAGAGGGGGAGCACUGCCCCCCUCCCGCGACACAGAGCCUGCAUCGCGAGGAUACAGCGCGGCUUGAGUAUGACACGAGGAGCCAUUGCAGGUACAACAGGAUUUCCGCUCGGUAAUAUAAUUUCAAGCGACAGUGUAGCUGAAGGGAAGAUACCAGUGCAGACGGCCUACAGUGAUCCCACGCACUGCAGAAGAGUUUCGACGUCGGCCUUAGGAAAAGGGAUAGGGCGGGCGAAGGGUCACUCCGACAAAGAUAUUAGUUCCUACGCACAGAGGAGAUCAGCUUCAAGAGAGAUUCACUCAGAAGGAGAAACGGGAGGCUCAUUAGGAACUGAGGCCCUCGCGGCUCAGAUGGCGCGUUUCAAGAGAGUAUCUUUACGAAAGCUGAGGGCGUGGCGAUCCUGA